AAAAAAAAAAAAAAAANCUAGUUUUCUUUAUACUGUAUUAAAAGGCUGUGGAUGAGCUGCUUCUGCGGCGAUCAAACCAACACCGCCGAUCAAUCAAUCAAACACAAUCUCGCCCUCACUUCUGAUGGCGCUUUCAUGCCGUGACACACUAAUCCUUAUAUUCCAGAGGCUUACCGUCGCCGAUCUAGCGCGUGCGAGCUGCGUCUGUAAGGUUUGGAACUCUGUAGCCACAGAGGACGAUCUGGUGGUAUCUGCUUUCACAUCUCCGUGGCGGAUCAAAGAACUCGUUGGAAGACCAGCUUCUGGUUCGUUCUGGAGAGACAACGGAAUCUGGAAAUUUGCAAUUUCUCAUCGGAUUCGUCGUGGUGAUAGUGUCACUAGCCUCGCCGUCAAAUACUCCGUUCAGGUUAUGGACAUAAAGAGGCUAAACAAUAUGAUGAGCGACCAUGGGAUUUACUCAAGAGACAGACUGCUUAUCCCGAUAAGCAAUCCCGAGAUUCUUGCAAAAACCACUUGCUACGUAGAGGUAGACAAACAUGCCAAACGCGAAGUAGCUGUGCUUUACCUCGAAGGUGCACCAAAGAGAGAACAAGAUGUAUCUGGUAUGAAUCAACUGUCCAACUUAUCAGCUGAUGGAAAGCGAAGGCUGAUUGAGUCUCUAAGGAGAAGCAUGCAAGUCGACGAUGGAACUGCUCUGUACUACUUGGCUAUCGCUGAAGGAGAUCCCAGAUCCGCAUUGUCCGAGUUCUCGGCUGAUCUCAGGUGGGAGAGGCAGGCUGGUCUCAACUAAGCUUUCGCAAUUUUAAGCUCAUGGAUGUCUGAUCCAAAAGGUAAAUGAGUGUUUAUAAUGUAUAUGACAUAUAGCGUGCCAUCUUGUUUAAUGUUUCCAAGUAUACAUAAACUAAUAUACAAUAGAUUAUUAGUAUGGGAUUUAUUCUCUUGCAGGGUGAGAAAGUAUCUUAUCAGGAGUAUGAUUCAUGAAUUAGAAUGUAAUUAGCUCCAGUAUAUAAGAGUUAUGGGGUGUGGCUACCCUGGCAAAGUCUCUUAUCUUCCUUGCUUGUUGUUGUUCAUUUGGUGGUUCGGUGACCGAGAUCAAUUUCAAAUCUCUCAAACCCUGUUGCCUUCCCGAUAAGAAAUGUACAUCAAACCCUGUUGUUUUAGUAUAAGCAUACUUAAUAAAUCUACAAAGUUGUUCUUCCAUGGUCAUGGUGUGAUUAAUGUUAUGUGUUAUUAUU